AUGGGACUUGUGCGUGUGCUCAAGGACAAGGCGCCGGUGCUGGUGCUCAGUGGCCUUUGCGCGGGUGCAGCCUACGCUGUGUAUUACGCGCACCACCAGCAGAUCGCCGAGAAGAAGGUGAUGCGUCAGGGUGUGAUCAAUGACAUUAAGCGAGACAGGAUCAAGCGGAGGGAGAUGCAGCAACAAGAGCAGCAAUAG